AUGGACACAGAGGAUGACCCCUUGUUACAGGAUGCCUGGCUGGAUGAGGAAGAUGAAGAGGUAGCCUUCAGCUCCAGGAAGAGGCGGGAGGGUGCUCUGCUCUGCGGGAAAAGCCCCUGCAGAGCCAGGCCCCCGCGUGUCACCCUGCCCGUGUCUGGCUUCUGGAAUAUUGUUGGCUGGGUGUUUACCAACCCUUACUGUGCUGGCUUCAUCCUUUUCCUGGGCUGUGCCAUCCCAGCCGCUCUCGCCAUCGUCAUGUUCCUCCACUACCCAGCCCUGGACAUCGACAUCUCCUACAACGCCUUCGAGAUCCGCAACCACGAGUCCUCUCAGCGCUUUGACGCCCUGGCCUUGGCCCUCAAGUCCCAGUUUGGGUCGUGGGGACGGAACCGCCGGGACCUGGCUGACUUCACCUCGGAAACCCUGCAGAAACUCAUCUUUGAGCAGCUCCAGCAGCUUCACCUCAACUCCUCCCGCCUCGGGGGCAGCGGGCGGCUCAGGCGCAGCGCAGCCCCGGGCAGGACCAGCUCCCCCCAGCCCUGCGCCCGCCUCAGCCCCCCGGGGAACCAGAGCUCCCGAGUGGGCAGGGGUGCUCCCCGCUGGGAUUAUUCCAGCACUUACAUCAGUGCCAACACACAGACUCAUGCCCACUGGCGCAUCGAGCUCGUUUUCCUGGCCCGGGGGGACUCUGAAAACAACAUCUUCACCACUGAGCGCCUCGUCACCAUCCAUGAGGUUGAGCGCAAGAUCAUGGAUCACCCCCGCUUCAGGGAGUUCUGCUGGAAGCCCCACGAGGUCUUGAAGGACCUGCCCUUGGGUUCCUAUUCCUACUGCUCCCCUCCCAGCUCCCUCAUGACCUACUUCUUCCCCACUGAGAGAGGAGGGAAGAUUUAUUACGAUGGCAUGGGACAAGACCUUGCUGACAUCCAAGGGUCCCUGGAGCUGGCCAUGACCCACCCUGAGUUCUACUGGUAUGUGGAUGAGGGCUUGUCUGCUGAGAACAUGAAAAGCUCCCUGCUGAGGAGUGAAAUCCUCUUUGGGGCACCACUGCCCAACUACUACUCUGUGGAGGAUCGCUGGGAGGAGCAGCGCCACAAGUUCCAGAACUUUGUCAUCACCUACGUGGCCAUGCUGGCCAAGCAGUCCACCAGCAAAGUCCAGGUGCUGUACGGAGGGACGGAUUUGUUUGACUAUGAAGUGAGGAGGACCUUCAACAAUGACAUGCUGCUGGCCUUCAUCAGCAGUAGCUGCAUAGCUGUCUUGGUCUACAUCCUUACCUCCUGCUCAGUGUUCUUGUCAUUCUUUGGCAUCGCCAGCAUUGGGCUGAGCUGUCUGGUGGCUCUGUUCCUGUACCACGUUGUCUUUGGGAUCCAGUACCUGGGUAUACUCAAUGGUGUGGCUGCCUUUGUCAUUGUGGGGAUUGGGGUUGAUGAUGUCUUUGUUUUCAUCAACACCUACCGCCAAGCCACCCACCUCAAGGACCUGCGGCUCCGCAUGAUCCACACUAUCCAGACAGCAGGCAAAGCCACCUUCUUCACCUCCCUGACCACAGCUGCAGCAUAUGCUGCCAACAUCUUCUCUCAGAUCCCAGCCGUGCAUGACUUUGGACUCUUCAUGUCCCUGAUUGUGUCCUGCUGCUGGGUAGCUGUGCUCUUCACCAUGCCAGCUGCUCUUGGAAUAUGGACCCUUUAUUUGUCCCCACUAGAGAGCUCCUGCCAAAGCAGCUGCAGUCAGAAGUGCACCAAGAAGAGUGCCUUGCACCUGGCUGAAGAUCUCUUAAUUGCCUCAGAGGCCCCUUCCAGAGCAGGCAGAGAGGCUCUUCCCUAUCUUGAUGAUGACAUCCCACUCCUCAGUGUGGAGGAGGAGCCUGUCUCCCUGGAAAUGGGGGAUGUCCCCUUGGUAUCUGUGAUGCCAGAAAAUCUGCAGCUCCCUGCAGAGAAGGGCAGUCGGGGGCAGCUGAUAAGUCACCUGCAGGAGCUGCUGGAACACUGGGUGCUGUGGUCUGCAGUGAAGAGCAGAUGGGUGAUUGUGGGGCUUUUUCUCCUGGUUUUGCUCCUGUCCAUAUUCUUUGCCAGCCGCCUCCACCCAGCCAGCCGGGCUCCAGUCUUGUUCCGGCCAGACACAAACAUCCAGGUGCUCCUGGACCUGAAAUACAACCUGAGUGCUGAAGGCAUCUCCUGCAUCACCUGCUCAGGUUUGUUUCAGGAAAAGCCUCACAGCUUGCAGAACAACAUCCGAACCUCCCUGGAAAAAAAGAAGAGGGGCUCAGGGUCACCUUGGGGAAGCAAAGGGAGCAUAAGUGAUACAGGACAACAAGAUCUCCAGGGCACUGUGUACAUCUCCAAGUCCCGAAGCAAGGGCAGACCAGCCAUCUACAGAUUCUCCCUCAAUGCCAGUGUCCCUGCCCCCUGGCAGAUGGUGUCACCAGGAGAUGGGGAGGUGCCUUCAUUCCAGGUGUAUAGAGUGCCUUUCGGUAACUUCACCAGGAAGCUGACAGCUUGUGUGUCCACAGUAGGGCUGCUUAAGCAGACGAGCCCCAGGAAGUGGAUGAUGACCACCUUGUCCUGUGACACCAAGAGGGGCUGGAAGUUCGACUUCAGCUUCUACGUGGCCGCCAAGGAGCAGCAGAGAACACGGAAACUGUACUUUGCCCAGUCACACAAACCACCUUACCAUGGCCGAGUGUGUGCAGCACCUCCUGGCUGUCUUCUCAGCUCCAGCCCAGAUGGACCCACCAAAGGCAUCCUUUAUGUCCCCAGUGAGAAAGCACCAAAAGCAAAGCUCUCAGCCACUUCUGGAUUUAACCCUUGCAUGAACACGGGCUGUGGGAAGCCUGCAGUGAGGCCCCUGGUGGACACAGGAGCCAUGGUGUUUGUGGUGUUUGGGAUCAGGGGUGUCAAUCGCACUCAUCGCCCGGACAACCACGUCAUUGGAGACAUGGGCAGCGUUAUCUAUGAUGACAGCUUUGACCUCUUCAAAGAGAUUGGCAACCUGUGCCACCUCUGCAAAGCCAUUGCCAGCAACACCGAGCUGGUGAAGCCAGGAGGGGCUCAGUGCCUGCCCUCUGGAUACAGCAUCUCCUCCUUUCUGCAGAUGUUGCACCCUGAGUGUAAGAACAUCCCUGAGCCAAACCUGCUGCCUGGCCAGCUCUCUCAUGGGGCAGUGGGGGUGAAGGAUGGGAAGGUGCAGUGGAUCUCCAUGGCAUUUGAAUCGACAACCUACAAAGGGAAAUCUUCCUUCCAGACUUAUGCUGACUACCUGAAAUGGGAAACAUUCCUACAGCAGCAGCUCCAGCUCUUCCCAGAGGGCUCUGCUCUCCGGCACGGUUUCCAGACCUGUGAGCACUGGAAGCAGAUCUUCAUGGAGAUCAUAGGAGUGCAGAGUGCCCUGUAUGGUCUCGUCCUCUCUCUGGUUAUCUGUGUGGCUGCAGUGGCAGUGUUUACCACUCACAUCCUCCUCCUGCUACCUGUGCUGCUCAGCAUUUUAGGGGUGGUCUGCUUGGUGGUGACCAUCAUGUACUGGUCUGGCUGGGAAAUGGGGGCUGUGGAAGCCAUUUCCCUCUCCAUCCUCGUUGGCUCCUCUGUCGAUUACUGCGUGCACUUGGUGGAGGGCUACCUGCUGGCAGGGGAAAACCUGCCCCUGCACCAGGCAGAGGACCCCACAGCCUGUCGCCAGUGGAGGACGAUGGAAGCCGUGCGCCACGUGGGGGUGGCCAUUGUCUCCAGUGCUGUCACCACAGUGAUUGCCACCGUCCCCCUCUUCUUCUGCAUCAUUGCCCCUUUUGCCAAGUUUGGGAAGAUCGUGGCCCUCAACACGGGAAUCUCCAUCCUCUACACCUUAACUGUGAGCACAGCCCUGCUGAGCAUCAUGGGCCCGGGCACCUUCACCCGCAGCACCACGUCCUGCCUCAAAGCUGUGGUGGGAGUGCUGCUGGCUGGCCUGCUGGGUCUCUGCAUCUGCCUCACCCUCAUGAAAAGUGGAUUUAAGAUCCCUCUGCCUAACGGGACAGCCCUGUAGACCCCCUCACCCCCCCGUGCCCCAGAGCCAAAUGCUCUGUCC